GGUGAAAAGGGAAAAGCAGAAACGCAUAAACAACCUGUAUUUUGUUCUGAAUUGUUUUCUUUGGCCGAAACCUUCCCAGUAUUUUUGUGUAAAUAUUGCCUGUUUUUUUCCUGAAACAACAUUUUUCCUCCUGAUAAAGAUGUAAUGUAACUCCAUGUUCUUCAGUGCGCUACAACAGGUUCGAAUAGGGUCGUGCUGGAAAUUUUCUCACUUUUGCCUUAAACCUUGGAACAAAGUUGGAGUAGAGAUGCCAAGUUCAAUAUACCAUGAAAAACAGGUUCGAGAGCUGUGUGCUUUGCAUGCACUGAACAACCUGUUUCAGCAACAAGGUGCUUUUACUAAAGAGGAAUUUGAUGAGAUAUGUGGCUCGCUCUCUCCAAACACCUGGAUAAACCCACAUAAAUCAAUCAUGGGUUUAGGAAAUUAUGACAUAAAUGUUAUUAUGGCUGCAUUGCAACGGAAAGGCUAUGAAGCAAUUUGGUACGAUAAGAGAAAGGAUCCCAAAUGCUUGAACCUGCCUGUUAUCCAAGGAUUUAUAUUAAACAUUCCUGGUGAUUAUAAGCUUAUGUUUGUUCAACUACUCCUAAGGCGUAAACAUUGGGUAGCUAUUCGUGAAGUUGAAGGAUCCUACUAUAAUCUUGAUUCAAAAUUAGAUUCACCAGAGCUCAUAGGGAAGGGUGAAGACCUUAUUGCCUACCUGAAGAGUCAGCUGGAAAAUAAGGAGAAAGAGCUUUUUGUCAUAAUUCCCCUUGCGAUUGAAAGGUCCCAAGUUUGGCAACUACCAGAAGCUAACUCGACACAAGUAACAAGUACUCAUUCCACCAACAGCAAUGAUAUAGAAAUCACAAGACAGCACACCUCAAGCAGUGGAAGUAGUGGAGCAGGAGGCAGUGGAUUCACAUUUGGUUGCAAUCAGAGGGCAUCUGUAUCAGAAUCACAGUUCACAAGAAGGUAGCUGCAAAGUGCAAAUACAUCCCUCAAAACUCCUGACUUGGAGUGAAUUUGAUUAAGCAUAUGCACUGUGUUUAUACAUUUGUGAGCAAAAAUUGAAAUGUUGAAGUGGGAUUUCAAAUUUGUAUGCCAUUCCAUUUGAACAAGUGGUUGAAAAAUGCCAUGCAUCUUGUUAGCAAUAACCAGGGACCACAUAAUUAUGCCUAUUUGCAUACAAACUUUUUUUUGUGUAGUGGUAAAUGUUAGAACUUAUUGUUUCUUCAGAUUUUAUUGUGAAGAACCAUACUGUAAAUCAUUUGAGCAAAAAAUAAUUUUUUCAGCUGAAUUAAACUUUAUUAUUUUGCAGUCUGUGGAGUUACUUAAAGAAAGUAAGGAAUAUUUCUGACAUUUGCAUUUUAAUUUUUAUGAAUAGUUUAAUGUAGGGUAAAAACUCUUGUGGGCUGUGUGUGCAUUUGAUACAAAGUAGAUCAAUGGCUGUUCUUUACUGUAAUUUUGUGCCUUAUUGCAACAUGUUGGUCUUGUUUUGCACUGUUCACUGACUUUUAACAGCAUUUUGAUGUCAUUAUUUUCUCUUUGUAGAAGUUUUUGUCAUUUUUCACAUUUACUAGGUUGGUGCUAAUGAGUAAAGCAGUGAACAUUGAUUUAAAAUGGGUGAAUAGAUCAUGUUGUUCUCAGAUGAAUUCCAUGUCAUGACUGCUUUCAUGAUGUUACAAACUUGUUAGUAAUUUUAUUGUUGUUAUUGUUUUGUUUCUCUUGUUUUAUUGUUCAUAGGCUUCUGUGUAGGUGAAUUGCUCAUCAUUCAUUUAAGUUUAGGCAGCAAAUUUGCUUGCUGCUCAGUAAGUCGGAAUCACAUGAAGACUGUGUUAUAUCAUUCAUAGCAGAGCAGGAACUCGUACACACUCGAUUAAGGCCUUCUUAAUAAGUAUUAUUUUAUUUAUUUUUUUGAAAGUUUAUUUCACAUAUAGCUUGUGAUGCAUGUUAUGUAGGUGUGAGGAAUAAAUGAAAUGUUUACUAUU